AUGAAAUUCUCAACUGUUUUCACUGCUAUUAUUGUUGCUUCUACUUCCGUUGAAGGUGGUCUUCUUUUACAUAAAUUAGGUAGUUGGGGUGGUAAUGGAGGUGUUGUUGCAACUACUCCUUGUGAUACUCCAACCCCAGCACCAGAACCUCCAUGUGAUACUCCAACUCCUGAACCUUGUGUUGAAAAUAGCGGUUGUGUCGUUAGUGGUGGUAGCGGUGGCUAUUCUGGUAGUUACUCAGGUGGUAUUGGUGGUAUUAUUGGAAAGAAAAUCAGUUUCAUUAAAGGUUUGUUAGGACAUUAG